UAUAUAACCACACAUCAUCUUGCAUAUUUCAACAAUCACAGCCCCCAUCUACAACAACCAUAUGCAGGCCUCUCUUUUUUUUCUAACCAAAUCAUGUUUUCUUUUAGAUCUAUUUCGUUUCAAGCUUUCUAUAUUAGCAAAUCCUAUUUGAUUUAGGCUUCUGCAGUGAUGAUUGAAUACACAGCUUUAAGCCAGUUCUGCUUCAGAAAAUUCUUGAUUGAUAGAGCUGUUAUUUACUCUGAGCCUCUCAUUAUUAAAAUUUAGUUUUCAUGAUGAAUUUUUCCAACUUUUCGGUUUUUAAUUUGCCAAUGAUGAAUUAAUCCGUAUGUACGAGAUACGGUGGAUCCAAGACCUUGUUUUACAAGGAGAACCACUUGGUUGAAGCUGUAUUACACAUGAAAUUUCUGGAUUUAACUGAGGUUUAAUAGUUUUUUAAUUAUUUUAUUUUAUCAGAUUUUUUUUUAAAUGUCUUUUUUGGAUUUGAAACUACCAAUGAUGAAAUAAUCCAAAUGUUUGAGAUACGGUGGAUACAAGACCCUGUUUAACAGGGAGAACCACUUGUUUGAAGCUGUAUUUCAUAUGAUAUUACUGGAUUUAACUGAGGUUUUGUUUGUAGAUUUAUAUUUUGACUUGAUGAGUUUAAACUAUACUCUUUGCCGUGAAUAUACAAGGGGCUUGGAGUCUGGAAAAACUCAGAGAUGAAUGUGUUGUCUAUCAGCUUCAUCUUUAGUAAUAUUAACGAGAGUGGAGUUAAAUAACAGCACAACAAUCACAUUAGAGCUUUAUCAUUUUUCUCUAUUGGGAUUCAUUAUUAAUCUUCAAAUUUAUAAUAUUGUUAAGUGUAUAAAACUUAAAAAAAUUACAAUAUUUGUUUACAGAAAAUAUGUUUUGAAAUGUUUUCUACCAUCAGUUUUUUCACAUUACAGAGUUGAAUUGAAUUAUAUAUUAAACUUGAAUGAAUUGAGCAAUUAAACUAGGCAUGGUCACAAUUUAUGUGACAAUUUUUAAGAUAUAGACAUAAACAAAUAUUACUCUAGUCGUGACUAGGGGUGGCAAUAAUAACCCAACCAUGAUAUUUUGGGUUAUUUUGGGCCUCUUUAAAAAAGAAAAUACGUCAGAAUGAGCUGAGAAUUUAGUCAAGAUGGGUUAGAAUUAGGGCUGUAAACGAACCGAAUGUUUAGCGAACAGUUCGUGAACCGUUCGGCGGGAAGUUCGUUUAUGUUCGUCCGUUUAAUAAACGAACGAACAUGAACAAGAAAUUCCGUUCGAUUAGUUAAAUGAACGAACAUGAACAAAGGUCUCGUUCGUUCAAUUGUGUUCGUGAACGUUCGGUAAGGUGUUCAUGAACAUUCGUUUAUGUUUGUGUUUUAAUUAAAGAUUUUUAUACUUUCAUAUAUUUUAUCUAUACUUUAUAUACUAUUAAAUUUUUAUUUAUAUCAUUACCCUAACAAUUAAACCAGGAAACCCUCGUUCACAUUGUUUAUGCACCAUUUCCCUUUCUUUUAACGUUAUUUACAUCGACGAAUAUGAUCUAUCUCCGUUCCACAAUAAGGGAUUAAAGUUCUAGUGCUACUCUCUGGGUCAUCCACCUUUAUCCUUCAUCGUGUUCGUCAAAUUUAUUUGUGUUCGCUUGUGUUCGUGAACCGUUCGUGAACACGCUCAUUUUCUUAAUGAACGAACAUGAACAUAAAAUCUCGUUUAGUAAGUGUUCAUGAAACGUUCGUGAACACAUUUAUUUCCUUAACGAACGAACACGAACAAGGCCUCGUUCGUGUUCGUUCGGUUCGUUUGCAGCCCUAGUUAGAAUGGGUUUUAAGAUAUCCAUCUAAAUUUUAACAUGGGUCAGGAUGGGUUUUUACUCUCUAAACCCAAAACACGCAUUAGAUCCCUAAAUCACCAAUGGUAUGUCUGAUGAUUUAGUCUGAUUUCAAACCUCAUCGUGGAUUCAACCCUAAACACGCAUCAGAUCCCUAAAUCACCAUCAUCAUCUGAUUUCAAACCAGUGAUUAUCCUUUCUAAUUCUUCCUGUUUUCACCACUAAUUUGCCUACACCUUCAGCAUCAGAUCCCUCUGUUUGAUACGUACCAGAAACAAUGAGUUUUUUUAUGUUAUUGUUAGCAAACAUUGUUGGGUUUCUGUGCUUUUAUAGGUUGUAAUGAUGUGUUAAUUGUUGGGUUUCUGUGCUGUUUGGUAGGGGGUGUUGAACGAAUGUCUACCAGGUGUUUUAUGAAAUGCUUGAGUGAGUGUGAAACACAUAAUGGUCCAAACGUUUCACCCGUUUAAAUUACCAACAAUUAAACCAUUUGUUUUUCAAUCUUAGAUACAUAAUCAAUGGGAUUUUUUCAUUCACACAAACGACUUGUUUUAAAGUUUGAGGGAUUUUGUUUUGUGUUAUAGACUAAUUGCUAUAUAAAUUCUUGAUGGAAAAAAGGUUUGCAGGAACAUAAGUAUUACUAUUUACCCUCUUUUUGUUGUGCCUUUAGUUUUUGUUUGUUUAGACAUUGAGGUUAAGAUUUGUUCCUUUGUUCUGCAAGUUAAACAAAACUGGAAUGUACUUGAUUGGAACAUGUUUCUGGGUUCUGUUUGUAUGGUUGCUGGAUUGAACUAAGCUGAGUACUGUUUCUUGAAUUGGUCGCGCAACGAGAAGUUAUGUCCUGUUGAUCUUGAAACUCUAGGCAGUGUUUGAACUGAACUAAGCUUUAUUAGGCUUCUGUUAUUUGAUCCGAUAUCUAUCUAUAUGGUUAUAUGCAAUUGGAAGUACUGGCGAUGAUAAAUUAUAUGGUUUUUUUCGGACAUUAGCGUUGUUGUAGACUGUUUUAUCCAAAUUAUAUGAUAAAUUAUAUGGAUUUGGCUGUUGAUAAAAGACUGUAACUUGACAGUUUGUAUUGGUGACAAUAACGACCAAUAUUAAACAUAGUUCUGGUUGAUUAUUAUGUAUCAAGAUAGAUCUUUAUUUGACUGAACCUUUUUUAAUUUUUUUUUAAUUUUUUUUGAUUUUUUUCGAUUUUUUCGAUUUUUUUUUUUGAUUUUUUUAAAUUUUGUUGAGUUUUUUUUUUAUUUUUUUUAUUUUUUUUUGAUUUUUUAUUUAUUUAUUUAUAUUUUUAGACUAAUGCCCAAAUCCAUCUUAACAAAAACCCAUCUUGACUUAAACCCAUCCUAACUCAUUUCUUAAUAAACCCAUUCUAACCCAAACCCAUCCUAACCCAUGCCCAUCCUAACCCAUUACCCAAACCUACCUAACCCACCCAUUUUGCCACCCUUAGUUGUGACCAUUAUAAAAAUCUACACAUGUAAUAAUUGUCACUUCACUCACAUGCUAAAUAAAUCAAAACUAGAGUUAAACCAAUCCUUACUAUUGGAGUGUAAAACUGUGCUAAAUCGGCGACUACCAACAUGGAAAAAAAUGGCUUAGUAAAUCUUGACCCCUGUUGCGUUAAACCUAUCAAAGUAGAAAAAAUAGAUCUAAAAAUGUAAAGAUAAAUGUGAAAAUGUAGAACUACGGGUUAUAGUCAUGGUUUUUUUUGAAAGGCCAACGAACUUUAUUUCAACUUGUACUAAUAAAUGUUAAGCAUUACAGACGCAUACCAAGUAUUUAAAUAUUACACCAUUGACUCCAUGUUACAUUUAUACCCUUAACCCGAUAACAGAUCCAAGAAAGCCUCAAAUGGUGAAUCUGCUCCUUUACUCCUUCCAACUAGGGUAGCCUUUUGGUUGAAGACAAGGCUGUUCCGACACCGCCAGAUGCACCAGAUUGCCACUUGCACUGUGGAAUACUUUGCGAACCCCAGGCCUGCUUAUAGACUUUAAAUAGGUCAUUUAGGCUGAAAAAAACAGCCUUGGCCAGCUGCACCAUGACCUGACAAAGUACCAAACGGUUGAAGCGAAACGGCAUGCAACGAACAAGUCUGCUGUUUCGUUGCACUGUCCACAGAAUUUGCAUGACUUCGAUUCUCGAUGGAUCUUUCUUGUAUGUAACGGAACCAUGGUUAGAAGCCGAUCUUGUUUGAGCCAAGCAAGAAAGUUGACUUUGAUAGGAGUCCACUUAUUCCAUUCGAACUCAAAGCCGAGACUGGGAAAGCGAUAAUUGUACAGCUGAUGUUUUAGACUGUGUACUGAAAAACUAUCCUCCCGCCUCCAUCGCCCAAUCCCACCGGUCCCUUGCAGCCCCAAUACGAACCCCCCAUUAAGGUUGUGGUUAAAUCUUCCAGCUGAAGUAUUUCAUGAUUUCAUCUCCCAUGUUUGGUUGGCGAUUCUAAUGAAACUUUAUUGUUAUAAUCCCAUUAGAAUUUACAAACCCCUCCGCCACCAAAACAUUCUUCUCCCGCUCCAGACUAGAGAAUGGGGUAUUUCUUGUACAAAGGCUCAUCUAGUGCUAUGAUGAAUACUCCAUAUAACUUUUCUCCAUAACCCAUUGGUGUCGGUUUUAAACCUCCACCGCCAUUUUGCGAGCAUCACAAGGUUUGCCUCCCUUAAAGACCCUAACCCCGCCCCACCACAUGAUUUCAGUGUCAUCACAUUUUUCCAUGCUACCCAAUUCACUUUAUUGUGCUUCGGUGUUACACCCCAUAAGAGCAUACGUAGUGGGGCGCGAAAUGCCCCCAUAUCGCCGAGAUGGCGCUGGCCACACCGGGACGAAGGGCGCUAUGCCCAAAAAAAAUUCCAAGCGCUACGUUUAUCGCGGCGCCAUUUGAUGAUUUGUUUGAAUUUUUGACCGUUGUCAAACGGUCAUUUUAAAAAAAAAAAAUUCAAUUUUUUUUUUAUUUUCACACUAUAAAUACAUUCCUACUCUUCCAUUUUUUUUACAAACAUUCCAACUCUCAUUCUCUAUAUAUUUUUAAAAAAGUUUUGAAGCUAGUCUCACCUUAUUCACAAAAAUGGGUUCCCCGUCGGAAGACUCUUUCACCGAAAUUUACCGAAAAUUUUUUUCGCCCGACGAAGACGCGGCCGAGGAAGAAGCGGUUACGAGUGCAUGUACUUUUGUGAUACAAGCAUUUGAGCACAUUCGGCCUACUCCCCCUCCACGACCCAUCUUGCGACGCACUUAUAUCUUGCGAGAUCGUGAAGCCGCGAACGAGCGUUUGAUGAAAGACUAUUUUGAUGCGACACCGGCUAUUUUGAUGCGACACCGGUUCACGGACCGAAUGUUUUUAGACGACGUUUUCGGAUGAGUCAAAGGUUAUUUUUGCGCAUUAAUAAUGAUUUGGAAAAUAGGUAUGAUUUCUUUAAGCAAAGAAUGGACGCGCGAGGAUAUCUAGGCUUCACCUCAAUUCAAAAGGUCACAUCCGCCUUACGCGUAUUAUCAUACGGAAACACGUACGACAUCAACAACGAGUAUUUGAAGAUGGCGGAGAAAACAACCCGAGAUUGCUUGGAACAUUUUUGCUAUGGUAUAUGCCAGUUAUAUGGAAAACGUUAUUUGAGACACCCCACUUGGAACGACCUUCAAAAAAUAUAUGAGGUGCAUCUAGAAAAGCAUGGAAUACCCGACAUGAUUGGUAGCUUGGAUUAUCGUCAAUGGCAUUGGUAUAAUUGUCCAACCGCAUGGCGAGGUCAACAUACACGGGGUGAUCAAAAAGGGCCAACUUUGGUAUUACAAGUUGUUGCGUCAUACGACCUUUGGGUUUGGUCGGCCUUCUUUGGUGUAGCCGGGUGUUUUAACGAUAUUAAUACGUUAGAGGCUUCACCAUUAUUAGAGGGCUACAUUUCUGGAACUAUACCAAAGGCCGGUUUUCAUGCAAACGGGAACGAUUACGAGCAUGGCUACUACUUGGCCGAUGGUAUCUACCCGGAGUAUUCGAUUAUUGUUAAAACGUUUUCUGAAACGUUCGAUGAAAAAAGAAAGUAUUUUAAAAAAUUACAAGAGUCUUCGAGAAAGGAUAUCGAGAGGUGUUUUGGGGUUCUACAGCAACGAUGGCAUUUUCUCAGAAAUCCUUGUCGCAUGUGGCAUAAGGAUAGAAUACGAAUGACCAUGUAUGCUUGCAUCAUUUUGCAUAAUAUGAUCAUUGAGGAUGAUGGAAGAGCGAUGUGCCAAAACUAUAUUCCCGAAGAUUUAGUCGAAGGAACCCAAGCGACAAUGGAAGAGAGACUCGCAAAUGCUCAGCUAUUGCGAUCUAGAGAAAUACAUAACACGUUGAAGGCGGAUUUGGUUGAGCAUGCUUGGGCGAUUCGCCCAAUUCGAUUCAACAGUGAUCACGACGAAGAUUCCGAGGAAGAAGAGGUUGAGGAAUUCGAAGACGGGAACUUUGAAGACGUAGGUUUGGAUGCUGGAGAAAACGAAGAGGAAGAAGGAGAGAACGAAAAUGAAACCGAAGAAUAAAUUUAUUUUUUAGGUGUAAUUUUUUUUCUUUAACUUUUUUUUAAUUUUAAUGUAUUGUUUUUUAUUUAAUGGAAUGUUUCUUAAUUAUAUAAAACUUAUAAAUUAAUUAAAAAAAUGAAAAUUAAAUUAAUUGA